UAGACACUGCACCUGCUCCAGUUACCUCACAACAAGGAAAUGAAGCAGGCAACUAAAUAAACCACUGCUGUCCGCCUCUUACAACAUGUACAGCCAUGGGGAACGGGGUAACGAAAGCCUUGGCUAAGUGGGGUAUAAAUCCAAGGAAGCUCAGUCUAAAGCGGUCAUCAAAGAGAGCUCCUCGUGCACCUGCUCCAUCCCAUCAGCCUGCAGAUGCACACAUAUACGACCAGGUGGCAGCUGAGCCUGAGUACGCUCAAGUCAAUAAAAAGAAGAAGACGGACGCUGAUGACUUACACUAUGCCGACGUCCAGGUGCUACAGUCUGAAGACACGACUGGGCGAGAAAGGCAGAGAGCGGCUCCAGUCAAUAACUCCAGCACAGAGUACGCAACCAUAGACUUUCUAAAGAGCGGCUUUAAAACACAUUCAUCACCUGAACCUGCAGAUAUUCUGAUUCCACCUGGAGAGCUCAGGAGACCAGUGGCCAAGCCUAGAUCUGUCCACAAGAAGAGUACUUCCUCACACCGCUCUGUUAUGGUGUGAAUGGAACAUACAUGUAUAUAUGUUUUUAAAAAGUUCUUGUAAAAUCAAUAUACAUAUUUUUUUAAUGUGUAUCUUAAAUUGCUUUGUGUAAGAAAUUCCAACUGUUUAUCCAUGUUAAUCCAUAUGAAUCAUAACUGAUAUGAUUUGUCAUUCUUUUGACAAAAAAUGGCAUUCGACAGGCUCACACUCUUUAAAGUAGAGGUGCCAAAAAGGGUCCUCUGGACCAUACCAUAGAAGAACCACUUUAAUAGCAAAAUAUGUUUGUAAAUAUUAAGGCCUCCACAAAUUGUUUGUUCUAUACCAAUUAAUGGGCCCAUGUCCUACAUUUUUCUUGCAUUUUAUUUUUCCCCCUGAGCUGCGUGGUCUUAUGUACCAAAAGCAUUCAUAAUUAAUUUUACCAUUUAUCAGCUUUAAACUGGCUGCUUUUAUUACUGUGCUUUAAAUAUAUAAAUAUAUGUAUGUAUAUUACUGUGCUUUAAAUAUAUAUAUAUAUAUGUAUGUAUAUGUGAUCUAACACUCCUUAUAACUUCAG